AUGACCAGCAGGUUUCCCAGAACACUCAUGAGCAUCACCAGAGACAGGAAGCAGAUCAGGGCCAACCGCUUGGGCAUACUUGUCCUCUUGGGGUCUGUGUCCUCUUGGGGUGUGUGUCCUCUUGGGGUCAGUGUCCUCUUGGGGUCAGUGUCCUCUUGGGGUCAGUAUCCUCUUGGCGUCUGUGUCCUACUGGGGUCUGUGUCCUCUUGGGGUCAGUGUCCUCUUGGGGUCUGUGUCCUCUUGGCGUCUGUGUCCUACUGGGGUCUGUGUCCUCUUGGGGUCAGUGUCCUCUUGGGGUCUGUGUCCUCCUGGGGUCUGUGUCCUCUUGGGGUCUGUGUCCUCUUGGGGUCAGUGUCCUCUUGGGGUCUGUGUCCUCUUGGGGUCAGUGUCCUCUUGGGGUCUGUGUCCUCCUGGGGUCUGUGUCCUCUUGGGGUCUGUGUCCUCUUGGGGUCAGUGUCCUCUUGGGGUCUGUGUCCUCCUGGGGUCUGUGUCCUCUUGGGGUCUGUGUCCUCCUGGGGUCUGUGUCCUCCUGGGGUCUGUGUCCUCUUGGGGUCAGUGUCCUCUUGGGGUCUGUGUCCUCUUGGGGUGUGUGUCCUCUUGGGGUCAGUGUCCUCUUGGGGUCAGUGUCCUCUUGGGGUCUGUGUCCUCUUGGGGUCAGUGUCCUCUUGGGGUCUGUGUCCUCCUGGGGUCUGUGUCCUCCUGGGGUCUGUGUCCUCUUGGGGUCUGUGUCCUCUUGGGGUCAGUGUCCUCUUGGGGUCUGUGUCCUCUUGGGGUCAGUGUCCUCUUGGGGUCUGUGUCCUCUUGGGGUGUGUGUCCUCUUGGGGUCUGUGUCCUCUUGGGGUCAGUGUCUUCCUGGGGUCUGUGUCCUCCUGGGGUCUGUGUCCUCUUGGGGUCAGUGUCCUCUUGGGGUCUGUGUCCUCUUGGGGUCAGUGUCCUCUUGGGGUCUGUGUCCUCUUGGGGUGUGUGUCCUCUUGGGGUCUGUGUCCUCUUGGGGUCAGUGUCUUCCUGGGGUCUGUGUCCUCCUGGGGUCUGUGUCCUCUUGGGGUCUGUGUCCUCCUGGGGUCAGUGUCCUCUUGGGGUCUGUGUCCUCUUGGGGUCAGUGUCCUCUUGGGGUCUGUGUCCUCCUGGGGUCUGUGUCCUCCUGGGGUCUGUGUCCUCUUGGGGUCAGUGUCCUCUUGGGGUCUGUGUCCUCUUGGGGUGUGUGUCCUCUUGGGGUCAGUGUCCUCUUGGGGUCAGUGUCCUCUUGGGGUCUGUGUCCUCCUGGGGUCUGUGUCCUCUUGGGGUCAGUGUCCUCUUGGGGUCUGUGUCCUCUUGGGGUGUGUGUCCUCUUGGGGUCAGUGUCCUCUUGGGGUCAGUGUCCUCUUGGGGUCUGUGUCCUCUUGGGGUCAGUGUCCUCUUGGGGUCUGUGUCCUCCUGGGGUCUGUGUCCUCCUGGGGUCUGUGUCCUCUUGGGGUCUGUGUCCUCUUGGGGUCAGUGUCCUCUUGGGGUCUGUGUCCUCUUGGGGUCAGUGUCCUCUUGGGGUCUGUGUCCUCUUGGGGUGUGUGUCCUCUUGGGGUCUGUGUCCUCUUGGGGUCAGUGUCUUCCUGGGGUCUGUGUCCUCCUGGGGUCUGUGUCCUCUUGGGGUCAGUGUCCUCUUGGGGUCUGUGUCCUCUUGGGGUCAGUGUCCUCUUGGGGUCUGUGUCCUCUUGGGGUGUGUGUCCUCUUGGGGUCUGUGUCCUCUUGGGGUCAGUGUCUUCCUGGGGUCUGUGUCCUCCUGGGGUCUGUGUCCUCCUGGGGUCUGUGUCCUCUUGGGGUCAGUGUCCUCUUGGGGUCUGUGUCCUCUUGGGGUGUGUGUCCUCUUGGGGUCAGUGUCCUCUUGGGGUCAGUGUCCUCUUGGGGUCUGUGUCCUCCUGGGGUCUGUGUCCUCUUGGGGUCUGUGUCCUCCUGGGGUCUGUGUCCUCUUGGGGUCAGUGUCCUCCUGGGGUCAGUGUCCUCUUGGGGUCUGUGUCCUCUUGGGGUCCGUGUCCUCUUGGGGUCUGUGUCCUCUUGGGGUCAGUGUCCUCUUGGGGUCUGUGUCCUCUUGGGGUCUGUGUCCUCUUGGGGUGUGUGUCCUCUUGGGGUCUGUGUCCUCUUGGGGUCUGUGUCCUCCUGGGGUCUGUGUCCUCCUGGGGUCUGUGUCCUCUUGGGGUCAGUGUCCUCUUGGGGUCUGUGUCCUCCUGGGGUCAGUGUCCUCUUGGGGUCUGUGUCCUCUUGGGGUCAGUGUCCUCUUGGGGUCUGUGUCCUCUUGGGGUCUGUGUCCUCUUGGGGUGUGUGUCCUCUUGGGGUCUGUGUCCUCUUGGGGUGUGUGUCCUCCUGGGGUCUGUGUCCUCUUGGGGUCUGUGUCCUCUUGGGGUCUGUGUCCUCUUGGGGUGUGUGUCCUCUUGGGGUCAGUGUCCUCUUGGGGUCUGUGUCCUCUUGGGGUCUGUGUCCUCCUGGGGUCUGUGUCCUCUUGGGGUCUGUGUCCUCCUGGGGUCUGUGUCCUCUUGGGGUCUGUGUCCUCCUGGGGUCUGUGUCCUCUUGGGGUCUGUCUCCUCCUGGGGUCUGUGGUCUCUUGGAGUCUGUGGUCUCUUGGGGUCUGUGGUCUCUUGGGGUCUGUGUCCUCUUGGGCGCUGUGUUUAUAAGGAUCAUGAACGACAGCGACAGAAGGAGGAGGAAGAGGAGGAAGAAGAGGAAGAGGAGGAGGAGCCAGACAUGAUCCAGGCUCUGAUGUGA